CCUCCAGAGCUCCUUCUAAAAUGCCAACCACCUGCAAGGGUCUUGGCUGUGCUCCUGGAGUCUCCAGGCCUGUGAAUGGUGCGUGGCAUCCAGUAGGCACUCAAUAAAUGUUGACUGCAUGAAGGAGCAUCUCCCCCAAGUGUUCAUCUGAUGCAUGUUCGUGGAGCACCUGCCAUGGGCCAGGCACUGAGGAUGCUGCAGUGACCAAGAGGAACCCAAGGCCCCUCCUUAGGAGGAGCUGUGGGUCCCGAGAGUGGCGGAAAUGGACCAGAAAUGGCUAGAGAAUGUCAGAGCUGCGCCGGGGCCAGCUGGCUCUUUCAGUGAUGAGCCAGUCACGGUUUUAUUGUGCGCUUACUGUAUGCCAGGCACUGGUUGGCUGAGUGCUGCGCAGGUAGUACUUCAGCUUCCUCCUGGUAACAUCCGCUGUUAUGAAACCCAUUUUGCAUAGGAGGAAGGUGAAGCCCGAAACAGGUAAGUGUUGGCCCAGUCCUAUAGGUAGGAAAGGCAGGGAUGGGGCGGGGCUGGAUUCAAAUUCAGGUGUGUAGGACUGCGGAGCCCCAUUGGCUAGGAAUGAAUAAAUAAGUGAUUGAAUGAUGAAUGGGUGAGCCAAUGAAUGAAUGAAGAAGAUGGCAUGCCCAAGAAUGAGCCAAACGAAUGUAGGAAUGAAUGAAUGGUAAGCCAACGAAGGAAUGAGUUAGUGGUGAACAAAUGAAUGAAUGAACAAAUUAGUGAGUGAAUGAAUGCAUGAAAGAAGGAAAUAAUGGUGCGGGAAUGAAUACAUGGGUGAUUCAAUGAAUGAACGAAUGAACAAAUGGGUGAGCCAAUGAGUAAAUGAAUGGGUGAGCGAAUAAACAAACGGGUGAACGAAUGAAUGAAUGGGUGAACGAAUGAAUGGGGCGACCAAUGAAAGGGUGAGUGGCUAGAGCUCUGCCGGCCACGUGGCGGUGCGAGGCUGCGGACGUCGUGGGCCGGGAGGCACCUGCGCGCCCUUGGCGGACUGGGAGGAGGCUGAGAUGGACGCCCGCGGGUCCCCUGGAGAUGCAGCUGGCUGCCUGCGUGGGUGAGGGAGCCGGGCCCCCGGCGCCGCGUCCUCAUCCUCCUCCGGGCGACAAGCUUCGGCUCAGCCCCACUGACCUCGGCUCCUGCCCGCCCUGUGGCCCCUGCCCCAUCCCGAAGCCGGCAGCCAGAGGCAGGUGCCAGAGUCAAGACUGGGGCAAGAGUGACGAGAGGCUGCUACAAGCCGUGGAGAACAACGAUGCACCUCGGGUGGCCACCCUCAUCGCCCGCAAGGGACUGGUGCCCACAAAGCUAGACCCGGAGGGCAAGUCUGCGUUCCACCUGGCUGCCAUGCGGGGUGCGGCCAGCUGUCUGGAGGUGAUGAUAGCUCAUGGCACCAAUGUCAUGAGCACGGACGGGGCAGGUUACAAUGCACUCCACCUGGCCGCCAAAUACGGGCACCCACAGUGCUUGAAGCAACUACUGCAGGCCUCCUGUGUGGUGGACGUCGUGGAUAGCAGCGGCUGGACGGCCCUACACCAUGCAGCGGCUGGUGGCUGUCUCUCCUGCUCAGAGAUGCUCUGCUCCUUUAAGGCCCAUCUAAACCCCCAAGAUCGGUCAGGCGCAACACCCCUCAUGAUAGCAGCUCAGAUGUGUCACACAGACCUGUGCCGUCUCCUUCUGCAGCAAGGGGCUGCCGUGAACAACCAGGACCUGCAAGGCAGGACGGCCCUGAUGCUGGCCUGUGAAGGGGCCAGCCCGGAAACAGUGGAGGUCCUGCUGCAGGGCGGAGCUCAGCUGGGCAUCACCGAUGCGCUGGGGCAGGACGCGGCUCACUAUGGUGCCCUGGCGGGGGACAAACUCAUCCUGCACCUGCUGCAAGAGGCGGCCCAGCGCCCCUCCCCACCCAGAGAGGAUGACUCAGGCGAGGCAUCAUCUCAGAAUUCUAUGUCCAGCCACGGAAAGCAGGGGGCCCCCAAGAAACGGAAGGCGCCUCCACCUCCCGCCAGCAUCCCUGUGCCGGAUGACCAAGAUGCCUACGAGGAGAUCGUGAGGCUUCGACAGGAGAGGGGCCGCCUCCUGCAGAAGAUCCGGGGCCUGGAACAGCACAAGGAACGGAGGCAGCAGGAGUCCCCGGAGGCCAGCUCCCUGCACAGCCUGGAGAGACAGGUGCAAGAACUGCAGCAGCUACUGGCAGAGAGACAGGAGGAGAAGGAGAGCCUGGGACGGGAGGUAGAGAGUUUGCAGAGCCGGCUGUCCCUGCUGGAGAAUGAGCGGGAGAAUACCAGCUAUGACGUGGCCACCCUGCAGGAUGAGGAGGGUGAGCUGCCUGACUUUCCAGGGGCCGAGGCGCUGCUGUCCAGGCAGCUCAGCCCAUCAGCCCAGGAACGCUUGGCCUCACUGCAGGAGCAGGUGGUUGCACUCACCAGACAGAACCAGGAACUGAUGGAGAAGGUCCAGAUCCUGGAGAACUUUGAAAAGGAUGAGACACAGAUGGAGGUGGAAGGUCCGGCUGAGGUCAUCCCUCUUGCCCUCUACGACUCUCUCCGGGCCGAGUUUGACCAGCUUCGCAGGCAGCACGCUGAGGCCCUGCAGGCACUGAGGCAGCAGGAGACACUGAAGUUUCCCAGAGAAGAGGGGGCAGCCUGGGGGGAAAAUGAGGGUGCUGGAGCCACAGCCACCAAAAACGGGCCAACCCACAUGGAGCUAAAUGGCUCAGUGGUUCCAGAAACCAAAGUUAAUGGAGCUGAGACCACAGAUGAGGAGGCUGCAGGAGAUGAAACAAUGGAAGCCAGGACUAUGGAAGCUUCAUCCACAGGCGCUGAGGACACGGGAGCUGAGGCCACAGAAUCGAAACCCACGGGGGCUGAGGUCAGAGACAUGGAGACCGUAGAAGAGGAAUCAAAUAUAGAAACUGAGCCCACAGGAGCGGAGGCCACAGGCACAGAGGCCACGGGAGUGGUGACCACAAAAACAAAAGCAGAGGAAGCAGAAAUGCCAGCCUACAAAGUGGGUGCUGGGCAAGCAGAGCCCCCAGUCACUGGGACCACAAACAUGGAAGCCACCAGCUCUAGGGCCACAGGGAUGGAGGCCACGGGAGUCCAUACCCCAGGUGCGGAAAACACAGGGGUAGAGGCCACAGCCCCAGGAGUCUCUCCUGGACCCGUCUUACAUCCUGGUGCCGCAGAGGCCUCGGAAAAGCUUCAAGUCGAGCUGGAGACCAGGAUUCGCCGCCUGGAGGAGGCACUCCGGCAGCGGGAGCGAGAGGCAGCCGCUGAGCUGGAGGUGGCCCUCGGGAAGUGUGAGGCCGCGGAGGCCGAGGCGGGCCGGCUGCGAGAGCGUGUCCGUGAGGCGGAGGGCAGCGGGGCUGGCGGGGGCGGCGGCAGCGGCGUUGACACCGCACAGCUGCGGGCGGCCCUGGAACAGGCCCGGGAGGACCUCCGAGAGCGGGACUCCCGCCUGCGGGAGCUGGAGGCGGCCUCGGCCAGCCUGGAUGAGGCUCGGGCCAGCCGGCUGCUGGCGGAGGAGGAUGCCCGGGGCCUGCGGGCGGAGCUGGCGCAGCGGGAGGAGGUGCGGCUGGAGCAGAGCCGGGAGCUGGAGGUGCUGCGUGAGCAGCUGGCCACUGCCAGGGCCACGGGGGAGCAGCAGCGCUCGGCGGCCGCGGAGCUGGGCCGGGCCCGGGAUGCGGCCGAGGCCCGGGUGGCUGAGCUGGCGUCAGCCUGCGAGGAGGCACGGCAGGGGCUGGCAGACCUGCGGGAGGCCUCCGAGGCCCUCCGCCAGUCCGUGGUGCCAGCCUCUGAGCACCGCCGGCUGCAGGAGGAAGCCCUGGAGCUGCGUGGCCGGGCAGCCAGUCUGGAGCAGGAGGUGGUGGCCACUGGCAAGGAGGCCGCCCGGCUGCGCGCAGAGCUGGAGCGUGAGCGUGUGUGCAGUGUGGCACUCUCGGAGCACGAGCGCAUCGUGGGCGCCCUGCAGGCCAACGUGGCCCAGCUGGAGGGGCAGCUGGAGGAGCUGGGACGGCGGCAUGAGAAGACCAGUGCCGAGGUCUUCCAGGUGCAGCGUGAGGCCCUGUUCAUGAAGAGCGAGCGACAUGCGGCUGAGGCGCAGCUGGCCACAGCAGAGCAGCAGCUACGGGGGCUGCGAGCCGAGGCAGAAAGAGCACGCCAGGCCCAGAGCCGGGCCCAGGAGGCCCUGGACAAGGCCAAGGAGAAGGACAAGAAGAUCACAGAACUCUCCAAAGAAGUCUUCAGUCUUAAGGAGGCCUUGAAGGAGCAGCCAGCCGCCCUGGCCACCCCCGAGGUGGAGGCUCUUCGUGACCAGGUGAAGGGUUUACAGCAGCAGCUGCAGGAAGCUGCCAGGGACCACUCCAGCGUGGUGGCUUUGUACAGAAGCCACCUCCUGUACGCCAUUCAGGGCCAGAUGGAUGAAGACGUGCAGCAGAUUCUCAGCCAGAUUCUGCAGAUGCAGAGACUCCAGGCUCAGGGCCGCUGAGAAAGGCCGGGCCCAGUGGCCACACUGACCACACCCAUGCAGGGACCUCACCCCCCACUGCAGUCCCCUUGCAGACCAGCUUCACUUGGUUUCACCCGGCCCCAUCGAGGCCCAUGCACUUGGAGGCCAGCCUGGAUCCCCGCUCCACCAUCCCCAGCUGGCUCCGUCACCCCACCUGGUCUCUGCACGCACGCACUGGUCAGUCUGGACCCAGGGCGUGACUGCCCCUCCUCUUCCACCAGAUAAUCUGUGAGUCCCUGUGUCCUCCACAUCCAGAUGCCAGCCCGGGAAUAAAGGCAUUCUUUGCACAGG